AUGGUAGAAAGCAAUUAUGGUUUUCCAAAUAAAAUUAUCUGUCCUUGUAAGAAGUGUCGAAACUUAAAUCAUCAUUGUGUUGAUGAUGUUUUUGAGCACUUAGUUAUAACCGGAAUGGAUCCAACUUAUCGUAUUUGGGUUCACCAUGGAGAGCAACCCAUUGAUACUCAAGUUGACGAAGUUUCGAAUGAUAUGGAUGCAUUUGAUUUAUACACGACUGCUUCCAUGGAUGAUGUGGACAAUAAUAUAGGUUGUGGAGGUGGUGAAGAUGAUGAAUUUGUUAACGAAGAUCUUCAAAAGAAGUUGGAGGAUGCGGAAACUCCUUUAUAUGAAGGGUGUGAGAAAUACACAAAACUUUCAUCAAUUGUAGGUUUAUAUAGGUUGAAGAAUCUGAAUGGUUGGACAGACAAAAUUUUUACUAGACUAUUAGAACUCCUUUGUGAUAUGUUUCCCAAAAACAAUGUACUUCCUGAUUCCAUGUACUCAGUUAGGAAAUUUUUGAGAAAUUUCGAUUUGAAAUAUGAAAAGAUUGAUGCUUGUAUUAAUGAUUGUUGCUUAUUUAGAAAGGAGAAGGCUAAAAUGGAUGUUUGUCCAAAGUGUAGUGUUUCUAGAUGGAAAGUUGAUAAACACACAAAGAAUGUUAAAGUUGGUGAGGCUGCCAAAGUUUUGAGGUAUUUUCCGAUAAUACCCCGAGUGAAAAGAUUGUUUAGAUCAAAAGAAAUGGCUGAAAACUUAAGGUGGCAUUUCACUCAUAAAAGUAUUGAUGGGAAGAUGCGACAUCCAGUGGAUACACCUGUUUGGGAUUCCAUUAAUGAAAGAUGGCCAGAGUUUAAUCUUGAACCACGCAACCUUAGGCUCGGACUAGCUGCUGAUGGAAUUAACCCCUAUAAAAGUCUAAGCUCCACUUAUAGUUGUUGGCCAGUGAUGCUUGUUAUCUAUAAUUUACCACCUUGGUUGUGCAUGAGGGACGAAAAUACAUUUUUGUCAUUAUUGAUUCCAGGUCGUAAACAACCUGGAAACGAUAUUGAUAUUUAUUUGGAGCCUCUUAUUGAAGACUUAAACAAAUUGUGGAAUAAUGGAGUGCAUACUUAUGAUGCAUUCGACAAAAGCUUCUUCAAUUUGAAGGCAAUGUUGUUGUGGACAAUAAACGAUUUUCCUGCAUAUGGAAAUCUUGCUGGGUGUACAACAAAAGGCAAGACAGCUUGCCCGAUUUGUGGUAAUAAUACAUGUGCAACUAGGCUGAAACAUAGUAAAAAAAUUUCAUACCAAAAUACUAGGAGAUUUCUCCCGUUUGAUCAUCCAUAUCGGUCUAAGAAAGCAUGGUUCAAUGGAGCUACAAAAGAAAGAGGCCCCCCUAAAGUUUUGAGUGGUAGUGAAAUUGUUGAAGAACUAAAUCAAAUUACCAACGAUUUUGGAAAAAAUAUGAAUCCCAAAAAAAGGAGUCGAGAUAAUAAGGUGGAAGGAAUGUGGAAGAAGAAAUCUAUAUUUUUCAAUCUACCAUAUUGGGAGGUUUUGUUAGUUCGUCAUAAUUUGGAUGUUAUGCAUAUAGAAAAAAAUGUGUGUGAUAGUAUUAUUAGCACAUUGUUGGGCUUGAAUGGAAAAUCCAAAGAUCAUCUUAAUGCUCGAUUGGAUUUAAAGGAUUUGGGUAUCAAGAAGGCCUUGCAUCCGGUGGAGAAAGAUGGGAUUAUACGACUUCCAGCAGCAUCUUACACACUUUCUAGAUCAGAGAAGACAAUGUUUUGCCAAAGGUUAUUUGAUUUAAAGUUACCUGAUGGUUAUAGCUCAAACAUUAGUAACUGUGUAGUAGUUGAGGAACGUAAGUUGAUGGGGCUUAAGUCUCAUGAUUUCCAUGUCUUAAUGCAACAAUUGCUGGUAGUGGCCAUUCGAGGAUUGAUGGAGGAUGGUCCAAGAGAGGCAAUUAUAAGACUUAGCAAAUUUUUUAAUGGAUUAUGCCAACAUGUGGUUGACGUAAAAGAAAUCAUAGAAUUGGAAGCAGAAGUAGUUGAAACAAUUUGUUCCUUCAUUGGACGUAACGAAUAUAAUGAUAGUGAUGUGAUACUUGAAGGUCGUCCACUUCAUCGUGGUGUAACUGUUACACUAAAUGAUAAGGAUCUAGCUAGUGCACAUCGCUAUUUUUCUACUGCAGAAUUUGAUGCUAUGUUAUCAAGAUUAGCACAUGGUCCUCGUAAAGCAGUCAUAUCCUAUAAGGGAUAUGUUAUUAAUGGGCAGCGAUUUCAUACUAAGGAUGCAGAGAGAACGACACAAAAUAGUGGUGUUUAUAUGGAAGCAACAACAAUGUGUAGAUCUAGUGCUAAAGAUGAUGCACAAUUGGCUGAUGUUGUAGGAUAUUAUGGGUUAAUUAAUCAGAUUAUACUCUUGGACUAUUACAGUUUUCAUAUCCCUUUAUUUAGGUGCAAUUGGGCACAUGUUGGCAAGGGUGUAAAGAAGGUUGAUUGGUACAAUAUGGAGACUAGAAAAAAGAAGCAGGAUGGAAGUGUAGUCAAUGAAAAGGAUGGAGGUUUGGUCAAUGAAAAGGAGGUUGGAUCACCUUCAACUCAAGUUCACUUGCAACCUGGUGCUUUGAAAGCAAUUGUGGCAGAAAAGAGGAGGCAAUUAGCAGCUAAGUUUGGAAAGUUGGCAGAGAAGAAGAAAUCGAAGCUUCGUUUUGCAUCCUCUACUAAAGUUGUAAUGGAUUCACCACCUGCAUCUAAAAGAUCUUAUGAAGCAGCGUUUGGUAUAAAUCCAACAAAUGAGGAUGACAACGAAGAUGAAAACAUGUCCCCACAACGAGCAACUGCGUUAGGUAAAACCCAAGCAACAUCUCCAUUCCACAACCUGAACAAAACAAGAAGAUCUCUGCGCCAUUUUGUUGACAAUGAUUUUGAAGAUGAUUUUAACACUCCACAAAAGAAUUCAGAAACUAUGAUGAACGAGUCACCCAAGUCUAGGUUGAUUAGGCCAUCAACCAAAGGUUCUCCUGCUGCUAAUACAAGGUCCUCCCAUCGCCAAUCUAUUGCUCAUGAAGAAGAUGUGCCUCUCAAUAAUAAUCAGGAAGAAUUUCUAGUUAACUCUACAGAGCAUGUCACUCAAAACAAAAGAAAAAGAGGCCCAACAAAGCUGAAAGAGGACAAGCUGUAG